GAUUUCUCAACCACCCAAUUUGUAUUGCAAUUGAACCUUGAACAAUGCCACCACCUGCAACCCACGAAUACGAAGAGGCUAUAGCCCAGGCAAUUGCCUGGGCUACUGCCAAUCCUGACGAGAGUGAGACUACCGCCGCACGUAUUUUCCACGUGAAUCCUCAAACCCUCAAAUCGAGGAUACGACGAAAGAAGCAACGCGACGACCGCCCUCAUAUAAUACACGGAGGCCAGAAUCGAAUCCUCUCUAGGCCACAACACGAAGCUAUUAUUACAUAUGCAGACGAUAUGCACAGGACAGGCCUCGGGGCUACAAAACAGAUGGUCUUUGCGAUAAUCGAAUACCUAAAGGAUCUAGAAGGCAGACCGCGACCGUCCUGGCGAUGGUUUCAAAACUACAUAAAAACAACCCCGGGUUUUCUUCAUACACUAAAAACAAAGCCAAUUGCACGAAACCGAGUCGGUGCACAAGAUGUUAAGGAUGUACAGGAUUGGUUCAAGAAUUGGAUGACUUGGUGCGAAGCCCAUGAUAUUCAGCCUGGUGAUAUUAUCAAUUUUGAUGAAGCUGGGUUUCAAAUUGGAGUAGCUUCUGGAGAAGAUAUUCUUGUCCCUACCUGGAUAGUAGAUCCAUUGUAUACACCUAGCCCUGAAAAUCGACGUUCUAUUACCGUUAUAGAAUCGAUUAUUGCAAAUGGAACAACUAUUCCUCCUGUUCUAAUUGUACAAGGUGUGAAUCAUAUGACGAAUUGGUAUACCUUAUUAGACGGAAUACAAGGGUAUUAAUGUCUGAUUCCGGAUAUAUCAACUCCCAUUUAGCUCUUGAAUAUCUUGAUCACUUGAUUCUUCAUAUACAAGCUGGGGCAAAUGCUCGUCCUAGGGUUCUAUUAAUGGAUCAACACGGUAGUCAUAUGACCCCGGAGUUUAUUAUUAAAGCUACAGAAGCUAAUAUACACCUGUUUCCUUUUCCUAGCCACUUGACGCAUGUUCUUCAACCUCUUGAUGUCGGUGUUUUUCAGCUGUAUAAACACUGGCACUGGAAGGCUGUACAAGAUGCAACCUGGCAUCUAGAUAUUGAAUAUACAGUUUCAUCGUUCUUCCGGGACUUAACGGAAAUCAGGGAAAAGACUAUGAAAAAAGAGACUAUUUAAGGUGCCUUCCGAAAGUCUGGGAUCUGGCCAUUAAUUGCCAGAAAUGUCAUACUGACAUUCGUUGCACUCAGUUUGCUAUCAAACUCAAGAGCAAACUUGGAAAUCU